AUGUCAUCUCCAGGCUUUUUGAGUAUUUUCGCAUCUAUUCGAUCCAUCCACGGCUCAGCUGCUCUAGGCAGUGUGAGAGAGUACUGCGACCAAGCUACUAAGAUUAUUCGCCUCGAGUGUCACCAACGCUUCAACCUGGAAUGCCUGAAGCACAACGUCGUUCCUCAAGCCCUCAGAUGUCGGCCUCUUGUGGACACCCCGUAUGGCAGGAAGCUUACUCGGGACUUCGGCAUCAACUGUUUGAAGGCCCGGUACCUCGAGAACAAGUCAAAACUCAACGACUCCCGCCACCGACUGGACUCAGCUGAAAAGGCCUUGGUACGUACCCUUCUCCCCGAUGAGUUGCGACAGGUCUUCAGCGCCCGGAAACAGGCAGAGCUGCUAGAAAGAAACCAGCGGACCGAAAUCUAUGACCAGAAGUUGUCCCGCCUGCUGCCGAGGAAGCCUCCGGGGUAUAACUGCAAAAACGUUUUCAACUUGUCAUCGAAAACACUCACCGACGGGCACAUGAGUCUGCUGUCGAAAGGAAUUGAUUUCGCUCUCGCGCCCCGUGCGGUGCCGAAACGGGAAAUCAUAGUGGAAAUCGAAGACAGGCUUCGCCACAUCAAGGACUCAACAGGUGUCAACCUAGCACGUAGCCGCAUCGCCACCACUAAACAACCGGAUAAAGGGAAAGGCACGGUUAUAUUGGACACGGAGGACUACCGUACGAAGAUGCAAGAGAUCCUCGACGAUGCUGCGCACUUCGUCCCUUUGAAGCAUGACCCAACUGCUAAACGGGAACGCUCUUUGGUGGACCACCUCGGUGAGUUAAAGAAGAAGGGCCACCUAGAUGAUGCCACCUACCGCCGCCUCUUCUCAUCAGACGGCUCGGCUCCCAGAAUUUACGGCCUCCCUAAGAUACACAAGCCUGGGUGCCCUCUGAGACCGAUUGUCUCGUUCAUCGGGUCGCCGACGUACAACCUGUCCAAGUAUCUAGUAGAACUUGUGACUCCCGUUACCGGCAACAACAACCUGACGGUGCGCAACUCGAAGGAGUUUGUCGAGCUGGUCCGAACGCAAGCCCUCAGCAACAACGAUGUCAUGGUGUCAUUUGAUGUGGUGUCACUUUUUUACCGACGUUCCGAAGGAUCCCGCAUUACAAGUAGCGGAGGCCCGACUACGGAAGGGCGGCACCAUACCAUCACGAACGUCACUCAAAGUUGA